AUGGGCGGAUGGGCUCGAUUGUUUAACAGAGAAAGAACUGUUCAUGAGAUCUUUGGAGGAGGUUUUGUGGCAGACGUCAUACUAUGGAGGCAAAGGAAUAUUACAAUUGGGAUAGUGUUAGUAGCUCUAUCUUCUUGGUUGGUGUUUGAGAGAUCCGGUUACACUCUGCUGUCACUUGUUUCUAGUGUUGUCCUCCUCCUUGCUGUCAUUCUCUUUCUUUGGGCCAAAUCUGCAGCAAUUCUUAACAGACCUGCACCACCUUUACCACGCUUGCAACUGUCUGAAGAAACAGCGAAUGAAGUUGCUUCUUUCAUCCGCAAUCGCAUGAAUGCUUUGCUCUCAAUUUCCCAGGACAUUGCCUUGGGUAAGGAUACCAAGUUGUUCUUCAAGGUAGCUGCAUACCUGUUGCUGAUAGCUGUUGUAGGUGGCUUAACUGAUUUCGUUACUCUGGGCUAUGCCAGCCUUCUGAUCUUUCUCACGAUUCCAGUGCUCUAUGAGAGAUAUGAAGAUUAUAUUGAUAGAUAUGUCGAGAUGGUGUUCAAGAAAUCACACCAAUUGUAUCUGAAAUUCGACGUUAAGUGUAUUGGCAGAGUCCAAAAUUGGGCUUUGGAGAAGAAGAAACUAAGUUGA